AUGCCUCCUAAAAGUCGAACAUUGAGCGAUUUAAUUACAUGUUCCAUAUGUUUGGAACGUUUCAAACAACCCAAGACGCUGCCAUGCAUGCAUACCUUCUGCCUGGAAUGCAUUGGCAAGUGUUUGAAACUUCACAACUUUUCCUGUGAGUUGGAAUGCGCUCUUUGUAAGAGAAGCGUUCGAUUUGCCCACAGUCGAGAUAUAAAGUAUCUGCCAGUUGAUCAUGUCAUCGUUCAAAUUAGUGAUUUAGUGGAUGCCGAACGGCAGGCCUCCAAAGUAAUAAAUGAUCAACUCGUUGUUAGGUUGUGUGAUUUGUGUAAGAUGAAAGAGAGUUGCACUGAAAAAGUUCCAAAUGCACUAAGUAGGUGCCAAAAGUGUAAACUUUCUUUUUGUAAUGAAUGUUCAGUCAAGCAUAAUAGUAACCCAAUGUUUUCUUCACACAUCUCAUUUGAUUUACGGGAUUCUUCAAUUUUCUGUAAGCAGCAUUAUGAUAAUGUGAUUGAAUUCUUCUGUAAAAAUUGUCUUUUUCUCAUGUGCACUGUUUGUGUCCUUGAACACGAUUCUACUCACAAUCUGGAACACUGGGAUGAAGUUUUACUUUCAAAAUGUGAAAAAGUACUCACAGAAACUAUGCAAAUGGCUUCAAAAAAAAGCCAGGAAAUCAAAUCCCACAUUAAAAAGUUAGAAACUUUGAGGCAAACAUAUCAGGAGUCUUUGUUUUGUACUCAAUUACGUAUUAAAUCAAAAACAAAUGAUUUAAUUGAAAUGAUACGGAAAAGAGAAAAAAAACUUCUGACAGAGUGUCAAAAUAAAUUUGAUAACAUCUUCAAAGAAGUUGGAUUGGAUGUGAUUGCUGAUUUGAAGUUCAACCAAACAAGGAUGGAUCUGUUGUGCGAGGACCUAAACGCAACUCUUCUUGAUAAAAAUAAACUCAAAUGCUUGUUUGCAUUUCAAAAUUUGUCAAAGUUUCACAGUGUAGUUCAGAACUUUUCUCUUGAUACUAUCGUUAAAGCAUCCUGCUUCUCCUCUCUCUCUUCAUCACCUCCGUCAUCUGGUCGCCUCAGAGCCAUGAAUAAAACUAUCUGUUUCCUGCCAGACCAGCUGAACGAGAGCCUCUUGCAGAUUGGAACACUUUCAGAGUGCAAUGUUCACAGUGUGGUUGAUUUAGAUCUGGAGAGUUUCACACCCCAAGCCAGGCAAAGCUCAAGCAAUGAUGUUUCUAGUGGACAUAAGAGAGUGAAACUCAUUUUGAAUGCUAUUGAUAAGUUUGGCCACAAAAAGGACAGCACUAAAAGUUAUGGAAGAAUGAAAUCAUCAGAUAUGAUGUCAGUUGGAGCCGGUGACGUUGCUGCUUCAACACAACUAGCUGCAACUGCUACUGUUAAUGUUGAUCUUUCUGCUACUUCUGCUGACAGUACCAAUAUCCUAAACAACAAAAUCAGUGACAUCUGUACCAUUAACAACAAUAUCAAUGACAACAAUUUUGACAACAUGAAAAGCAAUAGCAGUAUCAGCAACAACAAUACCAACAACAAUGCAGACAACAAUGAGCCUGAUGCUGAUGUGCACUCUUCUACAGAAUCUGAAAUUGUUUCUUCAUCACCAGCUGCUACUACUUUUUCAUCAGAUGUAGUCUUGGUUGGCUCACAUCAUUCUAUCAGGUAUCAUGAAUUGGUUAAAGGCGAUUUUACGCAGUUGUAA